AUAAAAGUAUAUGGAAUAAUUUAACUUUUUUGCAUUUAAACUUUAAGUAAGCAUAUAUGUACAUAUAUUAAGAGCAAAAUGACGUCGACUAGCGAUGUAUGGAUUGAUAGUGUCAAUAAUAAUACUCAGCGACUACAAUGGAUACAUUGUAAUCGUUGCUUUGAAAUUUAUUCAAAAAAAGAACAUCAAUUUCUGUUAUUUGCAUGCAAUCAUAUUGCCUGCGAGAAUUGUUGUCCCGCUCAAUUGGUAACAGAAUCCAUGCCGACAUACAAAUGUCCAAUUUGUGCAAAAAUAGUGCGUGGCAGAAUAAUAAAUAAUACUUUGCCACAACAAAUAAAGAUACUGUUCCAUCCAGAGCCCUGGCUAAAGGAUCUACCCACAAUACGUAUUACGGAAUUCCAGGAGAGACAUCGUGCACACUUCCUUCGCGGUAUGGAUAGAAUUUCACAAAAUAUAAAAGAAUUGCAAGAAAAAUUAGAAAUCGAGCGCAGUAACGCUAAGUCGAUAUUCUAUGAACUUGAAAGCAUGCGCAACGAACGCAGAAAAACAGAAAGCCAAAUACGUCAAUUAAUCAAAAAACGGAAAUCCAUUGAAGCUGCAGCAUGUCAACCAAAAUCACAAAAACCUGCGCACUUUUCAACAGAUGGGUCGGUCGCUAGCACCCUAUUGCAAUGUGGUGAUUCAAUACGUCCACGAUAUUUGCGUCCCAUUCUAAGUACAACUCAGCAAAGUAAAAAUGUACCUCCUUUUGUAACAUUAGGCAUGCGCAUGCCUAACCCCUCUGCAGCGAACGUUAUUAGCUUCGCACAAAAUUCAGAGCAUGCGUUCCAUUUGUAAACAUUAAAGGAUAGCAUUGCCAUUUUCUUCAGUGCCCUUCUGCAAUAUUCAUAGCAAAAACUUUUGGAAACCUUGUGCUGUUCCAGAAUUCAUAUCUUGUAUAGUUUUGUAUAGUCCUUCAAAAACUGAAACCAAUCGAAAUCUCUCAGAGUUUGGCAGUCAACGAGAUUUAUAGUUUUAAUAUUACCGUACCGUACAUAUUUUGAAGCCCGUUCAUUCAUUUAU